AUGUGUAGCUUCACUGCUUGUUUGGUAGACAUCAAAUUUGUAGACUUCCACCAAAUCACUCUCCUAUUCAACAUCAAUAGCCAUGGGCAACUCGCUUGACUGGCUGCUGCGAUUCCCGCCGCUGCUAUGGUGCAAGACGCAGUUCGAGACAAUGCUCAUCAAUGCCCUCAGCUGCGGCCCUGUGCCCAGACACAUCGCACUGGUCAUGGAUGGCAACCGCCGGUAUGCACGCAAGAACCGACUCGAAACGGCAGAGGGACAUGCGCUUGGGUUUGAAUCGCUCAAGGGCGUCUUGGAGGUGUGUUACAAAGCGGGCGUUGAGACCGUGACCAUCUACGCCUUCAGUAUAGAGAACUUCAAGCGCAGCAAGUAUGAAGUGGAUGUACUCAUGGAAAUGGCAAAGAACAAUCUACUGACGCUGUGUCAACAUGGCGAUAUUGCGCAACAGUAUGAUAUCCGCAUACGCAUCUUGGGCCAGCAAGGGCUUGUGAGUGAGGAUGUACAACGGGAGAUGAACAGGGCCGAGGAAAUGACGAAGGACAAUACACGAGCGACCCUCAAUGUCUGUUUCCCCUAUACCUCGCGCGACGAGAUGACUUCGGCAAUCAGCAAGCUCGUCGCUCGAGCAGAGCGUGGGGAAAUGACAGCCCAGCAGAUUGAAGCACUCACAGAAGCUGACUUUGAAGAGCAGCUCAUGACGGUCGGGUGUCCUGACCCGGAUAUCUUGAUUCGCACGUCUGGCGUUGAACGACUGAGUGACUUCCUGCUCUGGCAAGCGGGUAAGCGAACCAUGAUCCGCUUUGUGGAUGUCUUUUGGCCGGACUUUGACUUGUAUACCUUCUUGCCCAUUGUCCUUGAGUGGCAAGUGGCAGAGUGUCGGCGGCGGGGGACGGGUAUCUUUGGUCUUGCCGGCGUGCUCAAGGGAUAGGAGUCUUUUAUGAUCCGACUCUUCCUCUGUAUGACUCUAUAGACAUCUCCUCUGUACAUAUACUGCUGAAGCACGUACUAGCCAGCUACGUCCAGCUUCUGCUCCUGGAUUCUCAAAUUUGGUUUUUGGCGACAACCAAAAGACACAGACACUCAAGCACAAGGACGCGAGCAGAGAUGCCGAGCCAGGUGCAGGUCCAGAGGCAGCAGCAUGCUCAAUCGCCUGCUCAGGCUACAGGGGCGGCUGUCCAAAAGCCACAGCAGCAGCAACAGCAGCAGCAGCAAGGCCAAGGACAAGUCUCGUCUCAGCAGCAGCAGCAGCAACAACCACAAGCCAUACAGCCGCAGCAGUCGGCGAGAGCAGCUGCAUUGACUCGAGGCAACCAGGCCAUCAAUCAAUGCCUCGCGCAAGACCAAGCUUGGCCCGAGUUAGGCGAUAUUCUGAGUCGUAAGCCUCCUUCGCAUCUUUUA